ACGAUUCAACAAUAAACACAUGAAAUGUUUUUGAAUUUAUAAAGGGUAGAAACAACAUUGUGCAGUAUGUGCCGGCGAAAAAAUCACAUCAGUGGGGUGCGAAGUUGGUUGUUUUAGCAGAGUCGGACACAGGCUACAAUGCUGCAAUACAGUUAUAUGCAGGUAGACAGGGUGGUGCAGCUAGGAGUGUCCACGGUGUAGGGUAUGAGGUGGUGAUGCAACUGAUGGAACCAUAUUUGUACAGAUAUCACCAUCUCGUGUGUGACAACUAUUUCAAGAGCCCGGCUCUCUGCUCUACCCUCUUUGAUAAAGACACCUACAUGACUGGCACUGUCAGGGUCUACAGAAAAGAGAUGCCCAAGUCUUUGAAGAAUUUAAAGUUGCAGCGUGGAGAGUCACUGGUAAAGCAAAGCGGACCCAUUAUGGCACUUUCUUAUGGUGACCGGAAAACCGUAACAUUUAUGUCCACGCUAUCCCAGCCCAACGUUAUUGCGACACAGAAUGCCCGGAGAGUUGAAAUCCAAAUACCGGCAGUCAACUGCAUGUACAACCAAAAGAUGGGUGGUGUCGACCUGUCCGACAAAAGUUUGGAGCUCUAUGAUCCUGACAUAAGGUCCAACAAAAUGUGGAAACGGAUCCUGUUCAACCUCCUUUUGAGAGUUAUUUGUAGGUCUCAUACUACAAAUCAACUUUUUAAAGCAAAAUAAAAAAUCACCGGGCUAACACCUGAGUUAAAAGCCCACAACAGUCUAUACACUGUAUCUA